AUGGGACUAAUUUUAGAACGACUAAAAGAUCCAUUACAGGGCAGCACUCAAGUUUCAAAAUUUCCCGAUUUGUUUGAGUUACCACCAGAAUUGAGUUUGAAUAUAUUGAAACAUCUUAAUGCGACUGAUUUAUGUUUGGCGGCGUGCGUAUGGCAAACAUUGGCGAAUGAUGAAAUAUUGUGGCUAGGAUCAAACUGGACCUAUGCGUCAAUUUAUUCACGAGCACAUCGUGAAGGUAUUUCAUUUCGACGAAUCUAUUUGGCAUUAGACGAAGGUACGUUAACUUUCAAUGCCAAUUAUGCACAGGGUUUACAUUAUUUUAUCGAACACAAUCUAAUUGAUGAUAACGCUCUAGAAAUAAGUAAAUUUAUCCAUAACACAAGAAAAUUGAAAACCACUGAAAAACGAAAAUUGUUGCAAAAUCGACGGGAUAUCUUAGAAAGAUUAAUUGAAUUACAAUCGUAUGAAAAUCAAUUUCUACCAAAUGCAUUAAGAAAUUUUUUUGCAAAAUUAGAUGCUCCUGAAGAAAGAAAUGAAUAUUUAAGUAUAUUAAUUGAAAAUUUUUCCAAAAGAUUUUAUGAAUGUAACAAAGAACUUGGUUUAACGGCAGCCAGUCCACAUGUUAAAAAUAAAAUGUCAAAACGCGAAUUUAUCCGAAACACCAGACGUGCUGUAAAUGGUUUAAAUGAUGAAUUAGCUGGCCAUUUGUACGAUAAUAUUUAUCUUGUUGGACAUGUUGCACAAUCAACCAUUAAAAAUCAUAAAAUGAAACUUGAAUGUAAAGUUCGGGUGAUUGAUCGUAAAAAUGUAUCGAAUGGUUUUUCAGCAAAGACGAAAUCAUCCAGAGGUGUUAUUGGUUUAUCGAAAUCAGAUGAAUGGGUAUUUAUUAUACGUUUAUACAAAGAUAAUGUUGUUAAACGAUAUAAGAUUCGUGAUAAUGUUCAAACCGUAUUAAACAGAUGUGUAAACGAUGGUCUAUGUACAAUUCAGUUUAAAGAUCCGCCACAUGAUAUUCAGUUAUCUGAAGCAAAUGUUGAAUCGUUAAAAACAUUUUUAUCUGGUAUACGUGUAACAUCAAAUGGUCUUGACUUACCAUCUACUGUUAAAUCAACAACAGUUGAUCAAGUAGUCAAAAUUCAACGUCCAACAACACAAAUGGAAAUUUCAAAUGCUAAAGAAUUUCCACAAUUAAAAGGUUUUCCGUCUACGUUAGAAAAAUUAAUUAUUAACAAUUCAUCGUUACGUACUCCUGUUGAUCAUCGUAUAUUCACUUUGAAACAUUUACAUUAUUUAGAUUUAAGUCAUAAUACUAUCACUGAAUUACCUGAACGAAUUCAUUUUGAUCAUUUACAUACGUUUAUAUGCACGAAUAAUCAAUUAAAUUGUUUUCAUGAAAUGAUAUGUCCAAAAUUACGUUAUUUAGAUUUAUCCCAUAAUUUCUUGGAUAAAAUUUAUUUAACCAUAUUGAAACUAACAUCCUUAGAAAAAUUAAAUUUAUCUAAUAAUCAAAUUAGUUAUAUUCCAAAACAGUUACAACGAUGUUUAUCAAAUUUACAAACACUCAAUAUUAGUCAUAAUCAAAUACGUUCGAUACCAAAUUCAUUUAGCAGCCGAAAUCGAAAACUACAUACAUUAAAUUAUUCUGGUAAUCCACUAAUGAAGGACAAAUGUGUUUUGUACAAAAAUUUCAAUAUAACAUUGGUUGAAUUAGCAUUAAGAACUAUCAUCAAAAAUAGAAUACCCUAUGAUAUGAAUUGUUUACCAAAAUCAUUAUGUGAAGUACUGGUUAAUUAUGAAUUGUGCACGCAUUGUGCACUGCCUUGUUUAACACGUUAUGGUGAAAUUGUUGUACCAAAACAACUAUCAAUGAAUGGUAUCACGGUUCAUACAGAUAUGAACCAAACAUUUGCUGUUCCAUUACAAGAACGUUAUUGUUCAAACAGAUGUUUGUUAUAUGGAUUAAAGCGAGCUGGUAUGUCAGUCAGAUAA